AGAAACCAGACCAUAUGUCUAUCCUUUCUUCUUUUGACUUGUGACCAUCCUUUAAAUUUUUUCUUUUAAUCCCAACUUCACAUUUAAAUGUUAUUGUCUUCUUACUAGCUACAACAACAAUCCCAAAGAUUUAGCCUUUUAUAUCCUUCCAAUUUACUCUAACUAAACAAACAAACAAACAUGGCAAUUGAUAUGAUUUUUGAAAUUACAAGUCCAAGAAUCUCUUUCUCAUCCGAUGAACAAGUCAUAGAUUUGCAACAUUAUCAAUCAGAUUCAAAUCCUGAAUUCGAUUUCUGUAUUAGCACCAAUAUCGCUAAUACAGAAACUUGUUCAGCAGAUGAACUCUUCUUAAAUGGAUUAAUUCGUCCUCUUCAACUACAACAAAAACAAAAACUUGUCACAUUAUCUAAUUCUCCUCCUACUCCAGCUCCACCAAUUGCAAAUCAAAAUGUAAUCUCGAAACACAUUAGUGUUGAUGAUAAUCAAAACAAGUCGUUUUGGCGUAUUAGGAGAAGUACUAGUCUUCAUGGAAAUAAGAAAAGUUCAUUUUGGUCGUUGCAACGCAGUAAUUCAACUGGAUCAAAGAGUUUUUCAGUUAAAGAAAAUCAGAAACAUAAGAAGAAUAUAUUGAAUCCUUCUUCUGGAGUUAGUUUAUACUCAUCAUCAUCACAAAAGCCUCCAUUGAGAAAGAAUUAUAGUAAUGGGAUUUGCAUUAAUCCUGUUUUGAAUGUAGCACCUUAUACUUUUAUUCCAAAAGCUACCGCUAAUCUCUUUGGUUUAGGAUCAUUCCUUGCCAAUGGAAAAGAUAAGAAGAGUAAGAAAUGAUUUUUUUGUGUGCGUGUCAAUAUUUUGUACUUGCCUUUCUUCUAUGUUCUUUAUAAAUUAUUAUUAUUGAAUUCCAUCAUGUAAAUUAGGUUUAUAAAUGUUUCUUUUAAUUUGAUUUCAGCUUGUAUUUAUACUUUUAAA